GCCGGCCACCCCCUUUUGCAGGGAAGGAACCAUCAGGAAAAGCCACGUAGCCCCCCAGCUGGUCAAUUUGGGUGGAUUUAUGUGAAAUCUCAAAGGAAAAGGGCAACAGCAUGUACUUUCUUGAAUUGUGGGUGGUCAGAAUGGAUAAGGAAAGGGGAAUUCUUGCUACUGCACAUUCCACGCUUGAUGACGGAUUACUAAACUAAACUUCUGGACUACAACGUUUCUGUUCAAGGUCUUCGAGAAUUUCCACAAGGGAAAGACAAGUUGAAUCAUAGGACAACUUGAAUCAUACCUCUGAAACAAAGGUAAUCAUACUAAAGAAGAAUAACUCUGAAUAUAUUGUUCUGACUCAUUGAAUCACAGAGAACAAAAAAUAAAUACAAAAUGGCUUUGAUGCCUAUAAAAUUUGACUUGGCCAAGCGGGUCAAGCUGGCCCAAGGACUGUGGCUCCUGUACUGGCUCUGUGUGAUGGCUGGGAUCCUCAUCUUCAGCAUGGGGAUUUUCUUCAAGAUCGAGCUACGCAAAAGAAGCGAGAUGAUGGAUAACAACGAGAGCCAUUUUGUGCCCAACCUACUCAUCAUGGUGGGACUCGUGGCCUGUGUUAUCAACGCUUUUGGGGGCAAAGUGUGCCAUGACUCCCUUGAUACAAUCAAAUUCACCAAGUGGAAACCAAUGUUGAAGACCUACAUGAGUGGGUGUGUGGUUUUCUGCGUCGCCCUUUUUGUCACGGCUCUGCUGUGUUUCUUGAUGCAGAUCUCUCUGCAUUUCGCCCUGGCUGAAGGCCUGAAGAAUGGAAUGAAGUACUACAAAGAUACCGACACGCCAGGACGAUGCUUCAUGAAGAGAACCCUAGAUAUGACCCAGAUUGAGUUCCGCUGCUGUGGCAACAACAACUACAGGGACUGGUUUGAGAUCCAGUGGAUUAGCAACCGCUACCUGGACUUCAGCAAUGAUGAGGUUAAAGACCGGGUCCAGAGCAACGUGGAAGGCAAAUACUUGAUGGAAAGCGUUCCCUUCAGCUGCUGCAACCCUGGCUCUCCUCGCCCUUGUAUCCAACAUCACCUGACCAACAACUCCGCUCACUACAGCUAUGACCACCACACUGAGGAUCUAAACAUCUGGACCAGAGGCUGCCGUGAGGCCCUGGUGUCCUACUAUGGGGGCAUGAUGAACAGUAUUGGUGCUUUUGUGCUGUUGUUCAUUAUUAUGCAGGCUGUCGUGACUGUUGGUUUGCAGUACCUGAGCACCUCACUGGAAACCCUGGCAGACCCAGAGAAUCCUGAGAGCGAAAGUGAGGGAUGGCUGCUGGAAAAGAGUGUGAAGGAGACACUUUCUGACAUCAUGACCAAGAUCACGUCGCUGUUUAAAGGCAACCAGGUACAGGAGGCAGAUGCAGAAGCGGCUCCAACAUAAAUCUGAGAGAGCCAUGCCCCCUCCGUCCCCAUCAUGUCUGUGGAUACUCCCACCUUUGGAAGAAGGAAUGCAUGAAAGUACACCUACAUUUGAAGGAGAUUCCAAUCGAUGUGGAUGUACACACUACAAUGUAAAUACAAAUAAAAUGUAUGUUUAUUUUUUAAUAUUUUAAGAAAUAUAUCUGUAAAUGUUCUGAUAUUAUCAUCUAACCAUAUCUGAUAUUCCGGCCAAAUAAGCCUCACUUGUCCACGUCUGUCUGUAGCAGUAUAGAGUUUGAUCCUUAUAUUUCCAGUUUAUUGGUUAAGCGGAUGUUUAACCCGACAGCCUCACACAUACAAUAAGACAUUUCAGCAUAAAGCCAGCAGGCGCUAUUAUAAAUCACUUUUCAGUAAGAAAUCAGUUUUCUUGAAGGGGUCACACGGCAGCUUUUUAACCGGCAGCUGAGGAAAAUGUGUGUUUUUGUAAACGUUCAGUCACCUCCGAGACCUUAAAGUGAUGGAAACAGUGGCACACCUUGCUUUGUACACAACGCUGCCUUUAACAGGCCUUAGGUUGUCUGACGAUUUUCAAAAGCACGUUGAUGGUGAUCUACUGGAGAGCAGAACUCUGUAACAAUGGGGAAACUAUUCUGUAACAAUAGAAUAUUGUACUCAACAUGUUCACCAUUAAUGUGUGUAGGUCUCGGGUUAAAUAUCUGCCUCACAAACAGGCUUUGUGCUUCAACUUCAGUGCUCUGUUGGACAUACAGUUGUGGGACAACUAGCUUGUAAAAGAUUUUAGUCAGUUGUGUGUGAUUUGUUAAUCUAAGUCAGACAACCCAAUCAGUUGUAUUCUUUCUUUCUCUCUUUUUUUCAUAUAAUUUGUGUGAAUUUUUAAUUUUCACAGGCAACUCUUUCUGUAUAUUCGAUCUUGACUUUGCAUUAAUGUCAGUUUUUGUGGAUUGAGCAGAUCAUG